CGCCCAUCGCUUCUUUCAUUUUCGCAGAGGGCAAACCCGGCACAGAUGGCAUUGGCCUCUGCUACUCCAUACACAACUAACAUAUAUUUGUAGGACAUUCUGUUACUUUAUAUUCAUCAGCAAUGACCAUUCCACGACAACACACUGCAACCAUCACCGUCAAGGGCAUGACCUGCGGUUCAUGUGUCCGCACAAUAGAAUCGCAACUGCGACCGCUACCUGGUGUUUCCUCAGUAGCGGUCUCAUUAGAGGAAGAGCUGGCAACAGUGGUGUAUGAUGCGGACCUACUGGAUGAGAAGGACCUUGUGAAUGCUAUUGAGGAAUGUGGGUUUGAGGCCAUUCCUGUUGGCGGGACGAAAGAGGUAGUGGUGAGUGUACAAGGAAUGACCUGCCAGUCAUGCGUAAAGACGGUCACUGGUGUCUUGAAGGCACUCCCGGGCGUGGAAAGUGCUGUGGUUGACCUCGCUAGCGAGUCAGCGACAGUUACAUACGACGGUGGAUUGCUGUCGCCAGAGGAUUUAGUUGCCGCCAUAGAAGGAUGUGGAUUCGAUGCCGCUCUUCAACAACAUGGGCUAAACGAGCAGCCAACUGCGUCCGGACACUACGACAUAUCUAUAAAGGGCAUGGUCUGCCAAUCCUGUGUCAAGACGAUUACCGCGAAACUUUCUCCUAUGGUGGGAGUAAAGGCGGUCAAGGUAGAUCUAGAAACGGAAAACGCAAGCGUUGAAAUCGAUACAACCCAGACAAAUGUGCUGGCAUUGAUAGACGCCAUAGAAGAAUGCGGUUUUGAUGCUUCACUGUCUUCAACAUCUCCCAUAAAAACCCGUCCGAAGCCGCUUACCCUAACUACCGUCCUCAAAUCCACUCUCCGACCCUCAAGUCCCGAUCCCCGCACAUCCCUCUCGCUCAGCGUAUCAUCCCCUCUCUACACCGCCACAACUGCCGGACCCAUACGAACUGUGCAAAUCGAAGUUCAAGGAAUGACAUGCGCAAGUUGCGUGGCAUCGAUUGAAAAGCACUUGCGAUCAAAUCCUGGAGUCGUUUCUUGUAAAGUCGCUUUGUUGGCUGAACGAGCUGAAGUCCAGUUCAAAGAAUUGCUCAUGACUGAAGAGCAGGUGGCGAAACUUAUCGAUGACAUUGGGUUUCGAGCUAAAGUGUUACCCAGUGCUACCUAUGGAACGAUUGAUCUAAAGAUUUUCGGUAUGACUUGUGGAAGCUGCUCAGGAAAGAUUGAACGAGAGCUGAGCAAGAUGGAUGGGGUGCAGACUGCUGCAGUGAAUCUUUUGGGUCAAAGCGGACGGUUUCAGUUUGACUCAUCCAUCAUUGGUGUGCGGGAUAUAGUUGAAAAGAUUGAAUCUCUUGGGUUCACGGCUUUUCUUUCCGACAUGGGAUCCAAUGCCCAGGUGGAGUCCCUAGAGCGAACAAGAGAAAUUCAGGAAUGGAGAUCAGCCUUUUGGAAGUCACUCAGAUUUGCCAUUCCUGUCACGCUACUUUCAAUGAUCCUGCCCAUGACGUUUUUCGCGCGCGUGAUUGACUGGGAGAUCGUGCGAGGAUUGUCGUUGGGCGAUUUGACGAUGCUGAUCCUGACAAUUCCGGUUCAAUUUGGUAUUGGUCAGCGAUUCUACAGUGCUACAUUCAAGGCCCUCUCGCAUGGAAGUUACACCAUGGACGUAUUGAUCACACUCGGUACCUCUGUAGCAUUUGCAUUUUCCGUUGCGUCCAUCAUGUACUCGAUAUGUUUAGGAGGACACCCGAAACCUCAGGUGUUUUUUGAAACUUGCACGACGCUCAUCACGUUUAUCACUCUCGGCCGGUUUCUCGAGAAUUUGGCCAAGGGCAAGACGUCGUCGGCGUUAUCAAAACUCAUUUCCUUGGCACCCACAAAGGCUCUGCUUUUGUCCACGGAUCAGAGUACUGGGCAAAUAACUGAAAAGGAGAUUCCAACCGAGUACGUUCAAGCAGGCGAUUUGCUAAAAGUGAUUCCCGGUGAACGCGUCCCAGCCGACGGUGUCGUCGAGUACGGUUCGACCAGCAUUGACGAAGCCCUUGUAACGGGUGAGCCUUUACCUGUUAGCAAAAAGGUUGGGGAUGCGGUCAUUGGGGGCACGGUGAAUGGAUCGGGUGCCAUUCACAUGCGGGCAGUACGGGUUGGGGCUGAUGCGACGUUGGCUCAAAUCGUCAAACUUGUCAAUGACGCCCAGACCUCCAAAGCGCCAAUCCAGAACAUUGCGGAUACUGUGGCAGGAUACUUUGUUCCUGCUGUCAUCGUCCUCGGCUUGGCUACCUUUUUUGUGUGGAUCAUCAUUCUGAAUGCGACGAAAUGGAUACCGCCAUCGUUCCCUGACGACAGCAGCGUGGUGUUUGUCUGUCUCAGUAUGUGCAUAUCAGUUAUUGUUGUGGCGUGCCCUUGUGCAUUAGGGCUUGCCACACCCACGGCCGUUAUGGUGGGGACCGGUGUGGGUGCUCAGCUGGGAAUUUUGAUAAAAGGAGGUGGGCCUUUGGAAACGGCACAUCGAGUGACAAAGUUUGUCUUUGACAAGACCGGGACGUUGACGAUGGGCAAGUUGGAGGUCGUGACUUACCAGUUGUUUGCGGACGAUCUCAAGUGGCACAAUGAGGCGGUCUUUUUUGGUAUCGUUGGUGCCGCAGAGGCCAACAGUGAGCACCCUUUGGGAAAGGCUAUCGCGAAGCAUGGUAAAGAGGUGCUGGAUGUCAGUACAUUCCCCCAUGUGGUCGAAACUUUUGAGGCGGUCAUGGGAUCAGGCGUCCAAUGCACCGUCACACCACCCAGCGGCAAACCUGUCCACGUCUUGAUCGGAAACCAAUCCUUCCUCACGUCCAACAAAUGCAGUGCAAUACCGCCAGGUAUUCUCGACUCGCAGCGGACUCAUGAAUCCCAUGGGCAUACCGUAAUUUUUGUUGCAUUCAACCAAAUGCCAGUCGGCCUGAUUGCACUGGCAGACACACUUAAACCGGCCGCCCCACCUACGAUUGCAGCCUUGAAGAAAAUGGGCAUCCAAGUUUGUAUGGUAACAGGCGACCAAUAUCUCACCGCACUCUCCAUCGCUCGCCAGUGCGGCAUACCCACCUCCUCCAUCCAUGCCGGCGUAACACCGUCGGGUAAAAAGUCUCUGGUCUCGCAAUUUCAAGCUGAUGGCCAUGUGGUUGCGAUGGUAGGCGAUGGUGUGAACGAUUCGGCAAGUCUGGCUCAAGCGGAUAUGGGGAUUGCUGUCUAUGGAGGCACGGACGUUGCUGUGGAAGCCGCAAGUGUCGUGUUGAUGAGAGACGAGUUGGGAGACGUUGUUACGGCCAUUGAUUUGAGCAGAGUGAUAUUUAGAAGGAUUCGAAUGAACUUUUUGUGGGCUACUAUUUAUAACAUACUCAUGAUUCCCCUUGCAAUGGGUAUCUUUUCCCCUUGGGGAAUCACUCUACCAGCAAUGAUUGCGGGCAUGGCCAUGUCCCUCUCUUCCGUGUCUGUCGUAGUUUCAUCUCUCCUCCUAAAGUUCUACAAACCGCCUAAAAUAUUCUCAUCAACGGAUAUUGUAUCGAACGAUGUUGAUUUGGAAGCCAGUAUCGCGGAGCCAAGAACAAGCGGAGCGUUUGUUGACGGUGUUCGGGAACUCUUGCAUGGAUCACCAAAGAGGGGUUACCUUCCCCUCAUGGAGGAAGAAGAAGAAGAGGCCGGAGAGGUUACAGAAUUGUUGGAGAGAGUGGAACUAGCGUGAUCAGUCGUGUGAUGGCUAAGUCCAAGCAAGCCUAUGUUUAUUCUUUUUUUUUUUUUUUUCAAAUCUUUGUGGGUCGGUGUACAAUUGUAUGAAUGGGGAUGAGCUUGGUGAUAGGUUUGGAAUUGUUUGAAUGAAAUAACGGAUCUACGUAGAUCAAGUUUGGAUUUUUUUUUAUAUGUGCUUUUGAAUUGGGAUGUGGGUGUAUCCAAUAAAGGAAGAAAUUCUGAUUAGUUUAACCUGCUGUUGGAACAAAGAAUGGUUGGGGGUUUGAG